GAUUUAAACCAGAACAUGCAAGAAAAGCUAGAGAAGGCCGUAAAGGAGUUCAGAGUGUAUUCUGAACGAGCUUCGUCGUUGUUCCAAGAGACCGUUCAGUGUUUGGAGGAGAUGAAAACCGAAGUCAAGCUUAGCGAGGACGCCAUUACUGCUUUAACUUCAUCCUUGAACAUGGAAGAGAUGAAAGAAGCUCUGAGGAGCAAGACCUCGGUAGUUUUCAUUGGUAAUCGAAAUUGUGGAAAAAGCUCGAUUUUGAACGAAGUUCUCGGCGGAUCCUACUUACCAGUCCACGAGAACCCAUGUACUUCCCGAAUAGCCAAGAUCAGUCACUCGAUGGGUGAAAAUACAGUUAAGGUCGUUGACAAAGCAGGAGAAGAAAUUCAACCUGUGGUUACGUUCAGAAGGAGAGUUCCCAAGGAAUAUGUGGUGGUUUGUGAUGAUAGUAGAGAGCAAUCAGAACAGCUGAAGUACAUCGUUGAAAUUUCCUUGAAUCACGCCUUAUUGAAAAGCGGCAUCGAAUUAAUCGACUCCCCGGGAAAGAAUGAGAAUGAUGCUCUAGACGAUGUGGUGGACAAAUUCUUUGAAAAAGGCACUACACCUCUCGUCAUGUAUGUCAUCGAUGGGAAUGAGCAACUGAGGCCAUCGGAUCUCGACACAAUUCGAUUCCUUCAAGACAAACACCCGCAGUUGUCAUUCACGUUCAUGUGCAACAAGGUAGACACAUCGGCUGGCGCCCAGUCAUUCGACGCUCGAAGCUCCGAUGAACUUGAUUCCGAUGAAGAGGAAACAGAGAGGGACGUUGACAAGCAGAAAAUUGUUUUUGCCCAACUACAACACCACGGACUGAUAGCGGAGAGUGAAUCCUAUGACAGUUGUUCUUUGUUUUAUGGAAUAUCUGCACAAAACGUCUGUGAAGACCGAAGAAAGAAAACCUUUAGCAGAGCAACUGAGCUAUUUAGCAAAUUUGAAGAAGGUUUGUUGGGUGUCUUAGUGGAAACUGUCAAAACGCAAGCCAAGCAAGUGGUGAACAAGCUCAUUUUUCUGCAAAUGAAUCUCGUCCAUGCAAUGGGAAGAAGAAGGCGAGUCCUCCUCCACAAGCUUGGAAGUCCAUUGGAAUUUGACACCACUAAAAGUGUUGAAAAGUCUUUAUAUAUUUCAUUGACCUCAACCAUUGGAAGCGAAGAAAAAAUUGGAAUGGUUGUAAAUUGCAAUUUACUAAAUCUUCAGGAAAAAUUCAUCCGUGAGGCUGUUCAUUUUCACACAACAGAACAAGUUUCUCCAAUGGAUGAGUUGGAAGAAGGUAUGAAUUACUUACUUCUCUUGAAAGAAAAUUUCAAGUAUCAUCGCAGGCUUACCUGGAAUAAGGAAGACGUGCCUUUCCUUCGAUUCCUAAUCAUUUUGAUAGGGUUGGUCCAAGAUAGAACCUUCAAUAAUUUAAAACGGGGUUUUGGAGGCUUUGUUGACAGAGCAAAAGAAGUCAUUGAGGUACAUUCAAGAAACAUUAUCAAUCCACGCCUUCGACAUGCAUUCGGGGUAGCCUAUGGAUCAGGCCUACCAAAAACAGAGUGCAGUUCUUUACCAAACAAACCUUCUCCAGAGUUGCCUAUACUUCUGACAUUCGUGGUGAGCAAAGCGUUAAGAAAGGAACUGUCAGAGAUUAUGAUUGAAGGGUUACUUCACACCAUGGAAUGGAAAUCUCUAAAUGUCAAUGAUUUCAAUAUGGCAGAUACGCAAUGUCGAAGAAAAAUCCUUGAGUUAAUUAUUUCCAAAUUCAGCAGUCAGCGAAUCACGCAUGCCAUCUGUGUUGCCUGUAAAGGUCUACUUGAUGCGGUACACAAAGAUUUCUUGAAGGUCGUGGAUGGCCUCACUGACCUAAAUGACUUGGUGUCUAACAACUGGUCACGGCAAUUGGAAGAAAUGGCAGCCCUUUACAUCCCUACCGUCAGGCAUCUUGCUGUUCAAGGGUUCACUCUGCAGUUCCUGCUAAACAACGGACCACUAAGCCUCGGUCCAGAAAUGAAAUCUACUAAACACGGAACGAUUCGUGGCUGGACAGGAUGGACAGGUGAAGUAUCCACUAGAGAGUUUGUAGUGAAGGUGAUCAAAGAGGAGAAGGUGGAACCAGAUGUUUGGGCGCAGACAGCUGUGGAUUUGAUCAACUCCAUGAAAAUACAAGCAAACAUUGGCAAAGCCCAUCCCAACCUUCUUUUUGUUCAUGGUUGGCUAAUUCCUGAACCUGGCGUUCUUCAUGUUGUGAUGGAAAAGGCAGAAUUAGACGUGACAACGGCACUCCAGCAGGGUUUGCUUUCUCUUCAGACCCGCCUGAAGAUAGCUGGGGAUGUGGCUAACGGGCUGAAGGCAAUACACGCAGCACAUUACAUCCAUCAAGAUAUCAAAGCGGAUUCCAUAUUGCUUAUGAGAGAUGGUACAGCCAAAAUAAAUAUGGCCAAACCCGAAAAGCCAUUCGAGCGAACACGACAAGGAACUCCAUUCCACAUAUCUUUGGAGAUGCACAAAAACCACAGCAAAGGUCAAGGAAGUGAUUGCUCUUACGACGUCUAUGCCUUUGGAGUCCUGCUGUGGGUGCUUUGCGAGGGAUCUGGGAACAGGCGUCCACAGGCCUAUGAUAAAUACAGUACAAUAGCAGCCAUGAAGCUGGCAGUAGAAAAGGAGAUAUACCCUGAACGGCCACUGAAAGCCACUGAAGCCUGCUGGGAAUUAAUGACAAAGUGUUGGCAUCAGAGAUGUGUCUUAACAGCAAAUGACCUGUGUCGAGAGAUGGAAUACAUUAUUCUUUCCAUUCAGUGAGAAAAUGAAAUCAUUUCCUGACAAUUUAGUGGUAAAGCUGAUGCAUAGCAACAGUUUUUUCUUUUGUUUACAAAUUCAUCAGUUUGUCUAUUGAUAUGAUCCUGUUAGGCUUUGGGAGAUACUGUAAGGGCCUGUUUAAACAGAGAUAAGUUGUCCUGUACUCCUCCAUAGUUAACCAUCCAAUGCGAGUUAAAGUGGACUAUUCACAUGAGAGAUCAUCAAGUUGACUUAGGUGCCUGAGUGGAGAGUCAUUUGCUUUGACACUAGGGUGACCUGUAGGCCCUGGGAACCAACAUUUCCCCAUGCUAACACUAAAGCUAUUUCCACCCACAAGGGCAAAUUGUGACACACUGAGCAAGUACAAAACAGAGAGAGCUUAUUUCUUAUCCCCAUAAAGAGAGAAAGGAAACCCUUCAUUCACCAGGAACAACUUUUUUCCACUGUAAACAGGCCCUAAGAAUGUAAGAUAGGAAUGAAGAAUCCUCCAUUGAGAAGUGAACAUUGAAUGCAGUUUACGACAAGUGACAAAAAUAAGCUGUAUUGGCAACUGAGUUCACAUUGGCUCAUGUUAAUUGACCAUAAACUCUUCCCAAUAGAGUCAGUUGAUUGGUUAAAAAAGUGGCCAUAUAUGUCUUGCGUUACAAUGGGGACAAGCGAAAUAUUCACUGAUGCCUGUGAACUUUCACAAAAGUGAAAAAUAUGAAAAAAGAUCCAUCCUUCUUUCAAUCAGCUUAUACUCUGUCUGAGGCUUUUUAGGAGUUGGCAACUUGCAAAGUUUGAUAUCUCUGCCAACUAACCUAUUUCUUUCAAUGGCAGUAGCUUUUCUUACCAUAAUAUAAAAAAAUUAACUUACAGUUACCUUAGCAGAGCAAUGUUUCAUGACAUUUGAUUUUCAUGAAUUUCAAACUUAUGUCUUUUUGCAGUCUAAAAAAUGCAAACAUUUGA